UGUUAAAGAUUAAUACAAACGCAAAGGUCACCGCCUCAUUUGAAGAGCAGACUCAUUUGCGUGCAUGCGGCGACUCUUUAGAGGAGAAAUCAAUGUUGCUCAAAGGUAAUUUGUCAGGGAACCUCCUUAUUAUGCGCUGAUUGUGAAUAGAUUGCUGGCCGCUGCAGCCUCCCAUCCAUACCUUCGCUCUGCAAUCCUUUUCUGCAGUGAAGUGUGAACAUUAAAGUGAAUGUGGAGGAGGAGUCCUCACAUAGAGGGUGGAGGGGGGGGAGAGAGGGGAUGGAGGAGGCGGGAGGCGGAGAAAGAGUAAGAUAGCAGCAACAGAGGCAGAUAGUGAUGUGCUGUGGGAGAGCAGAAGCUUCAGUGUGCAGAGGAUGAGCGUCUCAGCAGAGCAGGUCUGCCGGCAGCGUUGUUCUUAAACAGAGCAGAGCGCUUCGAGCUUCUGGAUACCAGCCACCCGUCAUCAGCCCGACCUCCAGAAUGUCUGACUUUGAGGAUUUCAGCAAGCUGGGAGGACAGGCCAACGUGUCCGAGAGCUACCAGCUGAACCCCACCAGCGUGAUCGUGUCGGUGGUGUUCUCCCUCAUCUUCCUGCUGGGAACCAUCGGCAACAGCCUGGUGCUCGCCGUGCUCCUGCGCAGCGGGCAGGUCGGAUACAACACCACCAAUCUGUUCAUACUCAACCUGAGCGUGGCCGACUUCUUCUUCAUCAUCUUCUGCGUCCCGUUCCAAGCCACCAUCUACUCCCUGGAGGGCUGGGUGUUCGGCUCCUUCAUGUGCAAGGUGGUGCACUUCUUCAUCAACCUCACCAUGUACGCCAGCAGCUUCACGCUGGCCGCCGUCUCCGUCGACAGGUAUCUGGCCAUCCGUUACCCGCUGCGCUCCAGAGAGCUCCGGACCCCGUGUAACGCGGUGGUUGCCAUGGUGGUCAUCUGGGGUCUUUCCCUGGUCUUCGCGGGUCCUUACCUCAGCUACUACGACCUGAUCGACUACGCCAACAGUACCGUGUGUAUCCCCGGCUGGGAGGAGCAGGACCGGAAGGUGCUGGACACGUGCACCUUCAUGUUUGGGUACGUCAUCCCCGUGCUGAUCGUGAGUCUCUCGUACACUCGGACCAUCAAGUACCUGUGGACGGCGGUCGACCCUCUGGACGGCAUGUCAGAAUCCAAGAGGGCCAAGCGCAAAGUCACCAAAAUGAUCAUCAUCGUCACCGUGCUGUUCUGCAUAUGCUGGCUGCCGUACCACGUGGUGAUCUUGUGCUACCUGUACGGAGACUUCCCUUUCAAUCAGACCACGUACGCCUUCAGGCUCCUCUCUCACUGCAUGGCCUACGCCAACUCCUGCGUCAACCCCAUCGUGUACGCUCUGGUGUCCAAGCACUUUCGCAAAGGCUUCAAGAAGGUGUUCAGCUGCAUCCUCAGUAAAAAAGGCAGAAAUAAGGUUCAUGUGGUUCAUGUGGCCAACACCGUGCCAGGGUUCGAAGCUGGCUCCACGGAGGUGUCGCAGAUGAAUGAGGAGCACGUGCGGCAGAAUGAAUGUGAAAUGAUUAACAGGCCGAUGCCCGAGCCAAGAGAAGCCACGGUGACACUGAAUUUGCCCUUUCAGCGGCAGACUUGACAAGUGAUUCAGCUCUGCUGAGUACAGAUUGCCUUAUGUGUAAGACACUGCAGCAAUUAUUACAAAAAAUGUGCAAGCUUCUCAUCAUGAUUCACACUUUUGGUGGCAAAGGAUCAGGGCACAGAAAUGUGUUUUAACAUGGCGGCUGUGGCUCAGGACCGAGAGUGGGUCGUCCACCAACAUGUCCGCUAAUCGGAAGGUCGGCGUUCGAUCCCUGGAUCCCACAGCGUCAUGUCGAGGUAUCCUGUGGCGAGAUACCAAACCCCAAAUUUCUCCUGAUAGCUGGUCCAUUGGUUUGUGAGUGUGUGUAGACGGCUGAGAAUAAAACAGGGUGCUUUGGAUAGCGAGCGCCGUAUCGCCUCUGAUGGGCAGGUCAGCCAUCACGGUAUGAAUGUAUGUAUGAGUGGGUGAAUGAGACGAGGGCUGUGAAGCUCUUUGGAAAGCCGAUAGAAUAGAAAACAGAGUGCAGUUCUGUUGACCGUUACAGAUCUGUUAGGGUUAGUCCACUAGCAAAAAUGUGUGCUUUAGCCAGAUAUUACUUUCCAGAAUUCUCCACCAUCAGACACACACUCGAUCAAAAAGGUUUGUAUUUACUAAAAGUGGAAAAGUCUCAGCAUGUCCCGUGUCCACCACUUGCCUUAACCAUGGCUCGCACUUUGGUAUUUAUUCAACUUCUCUUCAGCAUUUGAGAAUCGACACCAUCCCAGCACUUUUUUUAAGAGCAGCAGCAGAAUGUGUCUCAUCGUGUUACAGCACGGUUCAGCUUUUUCAAACGGCCCAGCUUUGGAUUGAGGGCAGUUCCAGAGCACCACUCAAUCUUUGGGUGGUGUCCCGCUCAGUAAGUCUGACGGGAAGGCGUUCACAUCUGCGAAGUGGUGCUUCUCCUCCUGUCCGUCCUGUACCAGCCAACACAACACCGCAGUAAUUCCCCGCUGCACGUAUGACUGUACGUAUGUUCUGCUACUCAAUGUUUUUUUCGGGGGUCUAUAAGCUCAAUUAUAAUCUUCAAUUUAACCUUUUGCGACUAAAUGCGACUCCUAUAUUCAGGUUGCAGUGUUUCUAACUGCCGCAGGACGUUAUAUAAUCUUUUGUAUCUUGCAUGCAGAUGCUGUUCUGUCUUGUCAAGAUAUUUUCACUGGUAUAUUUGAAUUAGAUUUUAUGACAUAAAAAAAAAUAACCACUCUCAGAAAAGCUUAUUCAGAUAUUAAAAUUUAAAAAUUUGGAUCUGGAAUCUGGUGUAGCAUACUCAGAGGAGGGCUUGUGUCUUUUUUUUGACCCCACCGGACAACCUGUCGUUUGCUUUACUUGUACUCCACGAUGAUUGUAUUCACGGCAUGUUUUUCUCUUUGGUGUAAUAUAUAUAUAUAUAUUUAAAGUUGACAUGUUUAUCAAUGAGUGCACUUAAGCAUUUAACGAAUUGUGCUUUUUUUUCCAAAUGUGUGUAUUUUGAGUAUUUAAACUUCUCAAAGCUGUGAACACCUUCGGUUUGUUUCUCCAAAUCAGAUCCUCAGAAUCUCUCUCUGUCUCGCUCUAAGCUUGUGUCCUACCUCACAGCUUUAAAACAGAAAAAAAAAAAUCUACUCGCCUCUUAGUUGUGUAAGAUGUAAUUUUCCUCUUCAAAGAAUAAUCCCCACACAGAACAUUUACCCCUCGCACUGAAAGGUUUAUGUCCGGUGUGUUUACUGUGAUUUUUUCCCUCUGCAGUGUGUACUUGAGUGUCUCUCUGUUCGUUUGGUUUCAUGACGUCACAGCCUGUAGAUUUAAAGAUUGCGUAUAUAUUUAAAAAGAUAUUUAUCAGAAGUGGUUUAGAGAAUACAAUGUACUUGAAUGACCAAAUAAAAUAUUUUCUGCUGUGAGA